AUGUUGGAAGCGGCUGUAAUUUUUGCUGGUAUUGCUGCCGUUGUUAAACGGGUUGUAUUUAACCGUUACCCGUUUUUGGGAUACCGGAACCUUUGUAAGCUUGGCUUUAACCCAAAGGUUUGGGCUAUUUUUGGUUUAAGCAACGCCGUUACCCGCUUUUAA